CAGGGCUACAUAAUCCAGAAGAGGGAGAAGAAGCCAAGCUUGGAGGCAGAUAAGCCAUCUGAAGACAUUCUAAACUAUGAAGAAUUCCAUCCAUUUCUUUUUGCCCAGCAUAUCAACAGUCCACACGUGGAGUUGAUUCUUUUGAUAAGGGCUGUUGAUGAAUUUUACUCCAAGAUGGAAGGUCAAAAAAUUGAUAUCAAAGCUCUUCAUCUGGAAAAACAAGCUCUUAAAAAGUUAGAAAAUGUCCGAAAAGACCAUGAGCAGCGCCUGGAGACACUGCAGCAUACUCAGGAAAUUGACAAGUCCAAAGGAGAGCUGAUUGAAAUGAACUUGGACAUUGUUGAUCGAGCGGUGCAGGUUGUGCGCAGUGCCCUGGCCAAUCAAAUAGACUGGACGGAGAUUGGGCAGAUCGUGAAGGAGGCACAAGUACAGGGAGACCCUGUUGCUCUUGCCAUCAAAGAGCUGAAGCUGCAGACUAAUCAUAUUACCAUGCUGCUAAAAAACCCCUACAUACUUUCUGACGAGGAAGGUGAAGAUGAAGAGGAAAAACCAGAGUCAGAAGAGCCAAAAGGAAAGAAGAAAAAGGGUAAAAAUAAGCAACAGCCAAAGAAAACACAGAAAAACAAACCAGUUCUUGUAGAUGUGGACCUCAGCCUCUCAGCAUAUGCCAAUGCCAAAAAGUACUAUGAUCACAAGAGGAAUGCUGCAAAGAAAACUCAGAAGACAGUGGAAGCUGCAGAAAAGGCAUUUAAGUCUGCAGAAAAGAAAACCAAACAGACACUGAAGGAGGUGCAGACUGUCACCACAAUUCAGAAAGCCAGGAAGGUGUAUUGGUUUGAGAAGUUUUUAUGGUUCAUAAGCUCGGAGAACUACCUAAUAAUAGCUGGGCGAGAUCAGCAACAGAAUGAGAUGAUUGUCAAGAGGUAUUUGCGUCCAGGGGACAUCUAUGUUCAUGCAGACCUGCACGGAGCGACCAGCUGUGUCAUUAAGAACUCUACAGGUGAUCCAAUACCACCUCGUACUCUCACAGAGGCUGGCACCAUGGCAGUUUGCUAUAGUGCUGCUUGGGAUGCCCGAGUUAUUACCAGUGCCUGGUGGGUUCAUCACAAUCAGGUGUCCAAAACCGCACCGACUGGAGAGUACCUGACAACUGGAAGCUUUAUGAUCAGAGGAAAGAAGAAUUUUCUCCCUCCUUCCUACCUGAUGAUGGGAUUUGGGUUUCUUUUUAAGGUGGAUGAGACUUGUGUUUGGAGGCAUAAAGGGGAGCGCAAGGUGAAACUGCAGGAUGAAGACCUGGAAAGUGUGACGGGAAGUACCUCGGAGCUUGCAGCAGAAGAAACUGAGGCAUUAGAUGGAAGUGAGGACAGCAGUGAGGAGGAACAAGAAGAAAAACCGCACAAUAGAGAUUUGAAAGACAUUGGUCUGCAAGAUAAUUCUGCAGAAGGGACAGAAGUAAAAGAAGAUGUGCACUCAGAGGAGGACAGUGAUAAUGAAAGCUUACAGUCUGCAGAAGACAACAGCUCUAUUAAAGAGGAGGAUGGAGAUGAACAGAUGGCCUUCCCUGACACUUCCAUAGACCUCUCCCAUCUUCAGGCAAAAAGGUGGUUUGUGUUUUCGUAG